AUGGCUCAACUUGAGAAGUGUGAUGAAUUUCGCCUAUUACAGGCCCUGAGUGACCUGCUGGACGGCAGACAAAGCCCACAUCGGCCAUUUCAGCAAGGCACCACCCAUUGGUCUCCCCAAGAUCCCCAGGAACUAUACACAGAGUUAGAUUCACUAACAGUGGCGAAUGAUGCUGUGGUCUGCGCGCUGAAGACUGCUGCAAUAAAUUUAACGGGCGCCUCUCCAGACGCGGAUUUCUAUAUAUACAAGGAUACUACAACACGGGAUCGAGUUGUAACUGUUCUGAAGACCCUUUUCCAGAGUUUCCAAUGUGAAAAUCACGAAGUCAGGUUGGGGCUACCAGACAACCUUAACACGGUCACAUCGCGCCAGCGAAUUCAUAUGUGGUUGUCUCUCUGCUUAAAUCCAGGAAACUGGCAAGAAGCGCUGUGUGAUCCACACGAGGGCGGAGGCUUGUUCAAUUGUACCGAAAAUAUCUGCAACCAGCUACAAGAUCAUUCAAAUCAUGGCAAGCGAUUGCGUUUAGUUAUAAACAGAGAUGAGGUAGUCGGAACUUGGCACAGUACUCUAUCAGAAAUCAGUGCCGAUCCAUCAUCUGCAGUAUCACUCGAGCAGAUGAUUCGUAUGGCACCAGAAGACAGGUUUGCCCUAUACAGGGAGAAGCAACUUUGGGCUCUUCAGCUGGGUUACUACCUUCUCGAUUUCUAUGAUACGCAGUGGGACUCUAAAAAUAUUCUUAUUAUGGAAUCUACAGAAUCCCGCAAUGAUGGAGGGUUGCUUUAUCUAUCCUUUUCCUCAGCGCUUCCGGCGUCACCAGAGCUUCUGACCUUCGCCGUGGGGCACCCAGUUUUCGUAUCCUUCGCAAAGAUUCUCCUCGAAAUCUAUACCGCAGCGGACUUGCACAUCGAAAUUAGCCCAUGUGACAGAAAAGAGAACUUCAAACCCAUAUCCGAACUAUGGCAGAUCGUUGAAAAAUUCACAAGCUUUCAGCAAGGUGAUAAUUCACGCUACACUCUUCGGCCAGACGAUUAUUAUUUCCGCGCAGUACAAGGUUGUUUAAGAGUUCAUAAACACAUCGCUGACGCAUUGAAAAGAAACAUGCCAGAAAGAGAGGUGACCAUUGCAAUACGGGAGAAUAUAUACAGCCACGUUGUCAGUAACCUAGAGCGUGCCUUGGAUAUAUGGCGAGGGAGGAUUAGGAAACGACGUCGAUCCGAUUCUGUUCUUCCGAACCCUACUGUCUACAACAAGACAGGCGAGUCGAGAGCGCGAGAUAAGAGUACCAUUACCGCCGUUCCAUUGGCCUACCCUACUGUCGAAAAGGACGCAAUUGCAGUCCCCCCUGAGGAAGUGUUACCACCCAAAAAGAGGAAACGGCUGCUUGACUUAGGCACGGAACUUAAUUCAAAUCCAUCAUCUUCGAAUAUGGCAGAGCGAUUUAAAGCACUUCCACCUCAGAUUCAUUUUGAUUGUGCAGUUUCCACGCAUCCGGAAGCUAUAGCAGCAAGCGCACAAAAGAUGGAAUCGCUAAUACGUUUUCGAGAGGAUAUUUUGCCUUACUCGGCAACAAAUCGGGAUUUACAGCCAGUUCGAAUAGCGAUCAUCGACACGGGUGUAGAUAUUAAUCAUCCCUAUAUAUCGCACGGUUACGCACCAGAACGCAAUGAGCCGGCGAAUGUGGAGUUCCGUGACUAUUCAGGGGCGGCCUCGCCCGUGCCAAUUGAUGAAGAUGGGCAUGGGACCUUCAUUGCCGGUAUUUUACUCCAACUCGCGCCGAACGCGGAGCUUUUUGUUGCUCGGAUUGGACAUACCAAAGACUCGAUAGCGACUGAUCCAUCCGUGGAUGCCAAAUUGGAGCAAGCUAUCAAAGAUGCCGUACAGUCGGACACUGACAUAAUAUCAAUGUCGUUCGGUCUCGAUCAAGUGACCAGGAAUUUGCGCGAGGCCAUUAAACUUGCCCUGAGCAAGGAGAUAAUCCUACUUGCCUCGGCGGGAAACUCAGGCAACAAUCAGAGAUUGCAAUAUCCAGCUCGGGAAGACCGUGUCUUCAAAAUUUUCGCAACGGACCAAUAUGGCUACAAGGUUCGCAUAUGUCCUCCAGUAACUGAACCUCGGUACUCCUUUGGAAUAUUAGGCUGCAAUGUCGAGUCCAUAUGGCCUAUCGGUAUACAGCCACCUGCUCGCUCUGCUAGGACAACCGAACACGAACCCUGGACAGUCAUGACUGGAACGUCGGUGUCAACCCCAAUUGUCGCCGCACUGGUGGCAAUUAUAUAUGAAUUCUACGACAAGAACAGAUCGCUAAUAGAUUUGGGCGAGCAUAGUGCUGGCCUCAAAACGAUCAGUGCCGUACGUGAAAUAUUAGAAUCGAUAAGUUGUGUCUCUGACGAGCAUAAAUACAAUUAUUUGAUUCCUGAGAUCGGACACUACAACCCAGAAAUGUUUGCAGUCAACGAGAAACACGGCAGUUUUGAUCGGAUAUCCUUCUUCGCAAAUAAGCUAACAGAGAUUAUCCGCAAAUCUCAAGUGUAG